AUGGAGGCGGCGGCGGCGGCGGAGAGGCGGCGGCUGGAGGAGGAGGAGGCGACGAGGUACCCGCAGGCUGGGGAGCAGCUGCCGGUGGUGGUGCCGGCGGCGGAGGAGGAGCGGGAGCAGAAGCAGGAGGAAGAGGAGGAGGAAGAGUCCCCACUUGCUAAGCGGAGGAAGGUGCUGUGCUCCGAGUUUACCGCCAUCACCAGCAGCGACGCGGCGGUGGCGCGCAGCUUCUUGGCCAGCAACGACUGGCACAUAGAGAGGGCGCUCAACGCCUACUUCGAGCCGCCGAUGGAGAAGGAGGAUGAGGCGGCGGGCGGGGUGCCGACGGUCUGCGCGGGGCCCGGGAGCUGUAUUGACCUCACAGCAGAUGCAACUACUAGUGAUGACAGUGUCAAUAGUGCAGACUCAAGGAAACAAGAAGAUGACAGCAGCUUCUCACUGAUAACCUGGAACAUUGAUGGGUUGGAUCCAGGAAAUCUAAAAGAACGAGCUAGAGGAAUCUGUUCUUACCUGGCAUUAUACAGUCCAGAUGUUGUGUUUUUACAAGAGGUUGUCCCACAGCAUCUCUGUCUUCUACAGAUGAAAGCAGGCAAUUACAUUAUGAUUCCAGGUAACAUAGAUGGCUAUUUCACUGUCAUAAUGUUGAAGAAAUCAAGAGUGAAGCUACUGAAACAUGACAUAAUACCUUUUCCAACAACCUCUAUGAUGAGGAACCUUUUGGUUGUGCAUGUGAGCAUAUCUGGUAAUGAACUUUGCCUUAUGACUUCUCAUCUGGAAAGCACUAAAGACCACUCCAAUGAGCGUACAAAGCAACUACAAAUAGUGUUUAAAGAAAUGCAGAAGGAGUCUGAGUCCACCACUGUUAUAUUUGGAGGGGAUACAAACCUUAGAGACAGUGAGGUUGCUAAACUAGGAAACUUACCUGACAACAUUAUGGAUAUGUGGGAGUUUUUGGGUAAACCACAACACUGCCGCUAUACUUGGGACACCCACUCCAAUACCAACCUGCAUGCAGCAUACAAGUGCAAGAUGAGAUUUGACCGCAUCUACUUUCGGCCUGCAGGGGGAGGGGGACAUAUUAUUCCACGAAGUAUGGACUUAAUCGGAUUGGAAAAACUAGACUGUGGCAGAUUCCCUAGUGAUCACUGGGGUGUUCUGUGUAAUUUUGAUGUGAUACUAUGAAAGAGGCUGGCAUUGUUAGUUUUUAGGUGAUUUGGUUUUGUUUUCACAAAAUUUUACCCUCAGUUUAAGUAGGGCAUAUUUAAAUUCUCAACCCUAAUGCAUCCUCUGCUCUUGUUUUUGCUGGAGUGGCUUCAUUUCAAACCAUUUCCUUACUGUAUGCAUCUGUUCUCAAAUCACAUUUUUAAAUACUUAUUUUUAAUAAUUAUGGAAAUACAAAACCAAAUUCCAGUUUUAAAAUGGGAGGAAAAGCCAGUAAACACAGUUCAUAAACAUGGUGGUUUAAAAGCCCCUUUUAUUUGGCAUGUAUUAUAAUCUUGUAAUAAAUGCUGCUUUUGCUUAUUUUUUU